AUGGCGGACACAGACACAUCAAUGCGGAAAUGUCGCGGAGUCGGCAUAGAGCAUUUGUCGAUCGCUCAGCUGCAGAAGCACAUGACGGAUGGCACAUUCACCUCGAGGGACCUGACGGAGUGCUACCUGGAGAGGAUCAGACGGGUGAAUCCGGUUCUGAAGGCGGUGAUUGAAGUCAACCCGGAUGCGCUAAGCAUCGCUGACAAGUACGACGGGGAACAGAAGGAGGGGAAUGUCAGGGGACCGCUACAAGGUAUCCCCUUUGUGGCCAAGGAUAACAUUUGCACGAAGGAUAAGAUGCAAAUCCUGAUUGGAACGAGAGUCGCAGACGACGCGCUCGUCAUUAAGAAACUCCGCCGCGGCGGUGCGUACUCCUGGAGCACUCGAACCUUUCAGAAUGGGCAUGCAUGCGAUCUCCAUACUCUGCGGAAGGAUACUCAAGCCACGGCGGGCAAUGCCGAAACCCUCAUAACCUCGCUGAACACCUCGGCGGAUCCAGCUGCGGAAGCGCAGUCGCCGCAUCUGUAUCAAUUCGUCAAGGUUGACUUUUACAACGACCUCAAGGCGUACCUCGCCUCACUAGCGGAGAACCCCAUGAAUCUGAAGAGCCUGGAAGACAUUAUCGAGCUCAACAAGAAGCAUGCAGAGGAAGAAGGCGGUUUACUCGGGCUACACGGCGCUUGGCCGACUGGCCAAGACACGUUCGAUCACGUCGCUGAGACUCUCGGAUUAGGAGAUGAAAUCUACCAGUCAGCCCUCAAGUACAUUCGACAGAAGAGUAGAGGAGAGGGCAUUGAUGCCGUGUUGACGUCAAAAGGGAGAGCCACUAGACGGAAUCCUUUGGCGGAGAACAGGAACGACGUCCAAUUUGAUCUCGCCAUCAUUCAAACUUCAGGAAGAGAAGACUUGUUGGUGAAAUACGGCUCCGCAAUGGUGGACCUGAUGCGGGGUAGGUCACCCGCGAGGUUCCUAAAUCUUGACGCGAACAACUACAUGUACGUUGGCGGACCACCAGAGGAUUGA